UGAGCACAGUGUUUUCCCCUGCUUCUCUCCUUUUCAGACAAGCAAAAUUGUUCUGUGCUGCUGUAGAUGUGAACUCCUUGCUGCACUGUCUCUGCCUCUUCUUUUCCAGAAACUCAAGGGCCUGAGUUACCAGCUGUGGAGAUCUAAAAGCUCUCACUGAAUCUGGGUGGAAUAUGGACAAGGAGAUGAAUAACAGAAGGGAAGAAAGAGUGAAGUUGGUUAUUUUUCUGGCACAUGGAUGCAAUUACACUCAGUGCAUUCCAGAGGCGUUUCUUUGAAUCCUGUGCAGGUCUGCCUGCUGUUCCUGGGAGAAAGGAAGAAAAAAGGGAGGAAAAGUCCCUCUUGCUUCAAGACGGAAUGUCUGCACUUUCAAUUCUCUUCUUAGCUUUCUGUUCUGUUUGGCUGUCUGAGGCUCAGACUGAAUUUAAGAGAGUGGCUGAAGAAAACGUGACUUUGCCCUGUCACCAUCGCCUGGGUCUCCUGGAGCAAGGGAGCCUGGACAUCGAGUGGCUGCUGCACGUUUCUGAAACAGUACAAAAAGCGGUGAUCACGUACUCUGGAGGCCGUGUUUAUGAUGACCUGAAUGAGGAACAGAAAGGGCGGGUUUCCUUCACCUCCAACUUCCUUGCUGGAGAUGCAUCCUUACAAAUCAUAUCCCUGCAGUCUAGUGAUGCAGGGAAGUACAUAUGUAAGGUUAAAAAUGCUGGGCAGUACGAAUGGGCUCGCAUCACCCUGAAGGUUAUAGAAAAACCUUCCAAGCCCAAAUGCUGGUUAGAAGGGGAGCUGUUGGAAGGGAAGGAACUGUCCUUGCAGUGCCGUUCCACCUCUGGCACUGCACCUAUCUCCUACCGAUGGCAGCGCAUAAAUGAGGAAGAUGAGAGAGCUGAACAUCUCCCACCUACAUCAAGAGUCAAUAUUUCUAAUCCCGGGCAAGUCCUACUGAAGAAUCUUACACAAAUGAGCACGGGGUUAUACCAAUGUAUUGCCACCAACGAGGCUGGACAAGAAAGCUGUGUUGUUCAGGUGACAGUGCAGCAUGCACAAAAUAUUGGCAUGAUCGCUGGAGCAGUUUGUGGCGUGGUGGUGGGACUAUCCCUCCUCUUCCUGGUGGUGAGACUGACAAUAAGGAGGAAAGAAAAGAAGAGAUAUGAGGAAGAGGAGGCACCAAAUGAAAUCAGAGAAGAUGCAGAGGCACCCAAAGCCCAUCUCGUCAAGCCCAGUUCCUCUUCCUCUGGUUCCAGGAGCUCACGCUCAGGUUCCUCCUCAACCAGGUCGACAGCCAACAGUGCCUCUCGCAGCCAACGGACUUUGUCAACGGAAGCUACUCCCCAUCUUACUCCUCCCCAGUACAGCCAGAGGGAGACAGAAGGAAAAGAAAUUGAGCCAAAGAAAGUCGACUACAAUAACCUGAUGAAAAUGGGAGCGACGCUGGUCAUGGUGCCUGCCCAAAGCCGAGCGUUCCAGACCGUGUGA